CGGAAGGGUGUACUGGAACAUAGUGUUUUCUGUCGAGAUUCAUUUUGGGUUGACGGAGUUCAGAGCACGUAUCAAAUGGGUUGACAAUGUGUGUAAAUCCUCCUCAUUCACUCAUUUAUCUUCUGUUGUUAAACCACCUAUAGGGCGUAACAAAAUAGUGAGUUACUAUCUUCAUACUUUGUAGGCCCGAGUGCUGAUAUUGGCCUCUAGCGGUCCAGCGUCAAUAAUCUACAACGAGCGGGGACAUAGGUUGGAUGAGGACGAGCCAGAUGGCUACCCAGAAGACGACAUGACUCCCGCUCAGUCUCAAGCGAACAGAAGCCUCCCAGGUUCCCGUGCUCAUUCAGUCGACUCGACGUCCUUCCACACACCUGCGGCUGUCACGUCCACUGCCAACAGCAAACGUUCAUCAAUGCUUGGUCCCGCCAGGAACGAGCCUCCACCGGCGCCAACAGUCAUUCCAGAGGUUGUUGCUGCGACUCCAAGUUUACGUGCCUCCAGCGUGCGGUCUUCUCGCCCUUCUCUCUCUCGCACUCCCACAGAGAACGGAAGUAGAGUAGAUUUUUCUAGAGAUCAGUCGCGAGGGAGAUCGACAUAUAAAGGGAAGGAAAGAACGAUACCCUCUCCUCCUCCCACAGAUGAUAGUAUGGGCACGGCAAGCACUGCCACUAGCAAUCGCAACUCAUCGUCGAGACUUGCUGACACUCUUUCAUCUGUUUGGGGUGCGGUAUCUCCUACUGCCAGAUCAAUAGCAGAGUCACUCAAGUCAAAAGAGGCUACCCCUUUGUCGUCUCCGAUCAAAAGAGAGUUAAGGGAAAUCUUACACUCCCCACCGGCUCCACUACCAGAGCCUGCUCCGUCUGCUCCUGUGGAAGAAGCACCGAUGUCUGCCGUGGACAUGCCAGGCGCAUUCGGAACUGGCGUUCCAGCUGCAGAAGCCGAGCUUGCGCAGGCAGAACCUUCUCCUACAGCAGCCGAAUAUCUGGAAGCAGCAGCAUGGGGCUCGUUCACCAGCGCAGGGGAGGCUACUGGUGCCAACAUGGGCCCCACGAACCUAAGGAUCUCGACAGCUCUCUCCAAUAGAGCUCCUUCCGCAGUCAUUUCUCCGAUCAAUUUACCAGAAAUGAACAUGGAUCUGGCUACACAACCUAUAAUAGAUGCAAGUUCAACCGAUGGCAUGCUCUCAUUAUCGAAUGAAGCUUUUCUUGCCUCAGACGAAUCAUCUGAUUUGCUCUCGGGACCGCCGGAGUCAGCUCCGUCAAACACAAACAAUCUUGCAGACUUACUGGGAACAGUUUCAUCUGAAGUCAAAUCACCAACAAAAGCGUCACCGAAACCAGCCUCUUCCCCCAAUCCCCCUAAUCCGACGACACCUGCUGCCGAGGUACCCCCGACAUCCUCAAAAUCACCAUGGGGCACGCCAAAGCCUGCUGGAACACCGAGAGCUGCAUCCAAACUAGGGUCGAAGAUUCCGUCUAGAGUUGCCACACCUCUGACCGCGACAACGCCCAAGCCAGCGGCCACACCCAAGGCUGCUACCCCUGUACCAGCUUCGUCCCCCAAACCAGAGACUUCUGAACUUCCACCUCCAACUUCUGAACCAGUCGAGCCUGUAGCGGUGGAAUCACAGGAGCCUACAGUUGAGAAUGCUGUUCCUGAUCCAACGACACAACAAACCACAGAAACCCCAGCUGAAAAUACUGUGCCUUCCGCUCCAGAGCAUCCGAGUGAACCUGAUGCUACUGCUGCACUGGCCAACAUUCCACCUACCGAAACCCCUGAGCCUGCAGAAGUGCCUGCAGAACCUGCGGUAGAAGCAACAGCGGAGACAACACAGCCGUCAAACGCAGUCACAGAAGAGACAGCAGCUCCAGAGACCACGGUUGCAGCAACUCCCGACGAAUCUACACCGGGGACUGCACCUGGGACUGCACCAGGAACACCGGGUGAUGGCUUGAAUGGAGCCGAUAUCGAAGGUGAAGCCGAAGAGGGAGAUGACAAGGAUACAAAAGAGGAAGAGGCUACUACUCCAGGCGGUAAAAAGAAGAAGAAUGAAAAGAAGAAAAAGAAGAAGGGAAAGUAGGUCAAAGAUGAGCUCAUGCAGACCAAUGGAGGAUAUUUUAUUGGGGUAUAUGUACAUCAUAGAUUAGAU